GUAUGACACAAGAAAGUAACUCAAACUUUUUCAACUUCCUUCUUUUCGGGUUUGUGACCGCUAUUGCCUUUUAUUCGGGUACCCAAUUCAACAAAUCUAGCGAACAGGAAGAGCACAUCAACCAUGCUAACUUGUAUUCGGUAAAGAAGUUUGAUGAUGGAGCAAAAGAAUACUCAAUAAUGUUGAUCACCGAUUUGGAUCAUGACAGCAAAGACGGGAAGAAGUGGAAAAGUUUGGUCUCUCGUGGAUUUUUGAAGGUUUCUGCAGACCACAAGCAUGCCGAUAUUCAUUUUGACAAAGACUCGGAGUACUAUGUUGACACAAAUAUUGCCGCCGGUGGACGCGCUAUGGAGUUGUCUGACCUUGCCGUCUUCAAUGGUAAACUGUACUCAAUUGACGAUAGAACAGGUCUUAUUUAUCAAAUUAGUGACAAGAAGGCACUUCCCUGGGUAUUACUGAACGAUGGGCCAGGAAACGUCGUGAAGGGAUUUAAAGGAGAAUGGAUCACUGUUAAGGAUACCGAAUUGAUUGUUGGAGGAUUGGGAAAAGAAUGGACGACCACUGACGGAGUUUAUGUGAACGAUCACCCAAUGUGGGUGAAGCAUGUCUCUGCUCACGGAGCCGUUCAUCACGAAAACUGGAAGGAUGUAUAUAUCCGCGUUCGUAGAGCUGCUGGGAUCGAAUAUCCCGGAUACAUGAUUCACGAAGCUGUUCAAUGGUCUGCAAUUCACAGAAAAUGGUUCUUCCUUCCACGUAGAAUGUCAAAUGAGAAGUAUUCUGAGGCGGAGGACGAGAACCGCGGAACAAACGUUCUUGUGAUUGGAAAUGAAGAGUUGACUGAUUUUGAGGUUGUGCGAGUAGGAUCGGAGAAUAACAAAUCCAGAGGGUUUGCUGCUUUCCAAUUUGUGCCAAACACUCAUCACCAGCUCAUCGUUGCCAUCAAGUCGGAGGAAAAGGAUGGAAAACCAGUAGCAAGUUAUGCAAGUGUUUUCGACAUUCAUGGUAAUGUUAUUCUUGACGAAUAUCUUCUUCAUGGUCCAUACAAAUACGAAGGAAUUGCAUUUGCCUAAUCACUUCAAUUAAUGUAUUUUUGUCUCAAUUCCCACCUUCCAGUCAGGUCCAAAUCUGUGUUCUCGAUAUUAUGUGAUUUUUGUCAAAUACUAUGUAAUGGUUAUUUAAAUAAAAUAAAUAUAUAAA